UCAUAAUUCACUUUUGCUGCUGUACCAACUGAGAUCCUUCUGCGUUUCUUCCUCAAGUGACAGUGAUCAUCCCUAAUCUGUAUCAGGAUUUUCUUGCAAAUACAUAGAUAUCAUUUCACCUUCCUUCGUUCUAAUUUAUCUUUUAUUGUUUCUUGCUGUCAAAGCUUAAACCCGAUUCCAUGGCUUUACAAGCAGUGGUCGUCAAGCAGACAAUGAGCAUACAAACGCAUCUGAAGAAAUUGCUUUACCGAUUCCAUGGCGUGUUGUGUAGGCAUCCUGUUUUCAUCCUGUUUCAAUUGGGUUUCUUUCUUUCUUUCUCUCUGUUCAACUCAAUCCCAUUCCACGCCAUAUACAUGUACCUCUACUACUCUGGAUACAAAUGCUUUUCAGGGGAUCGUUUCAUCUCCAUCUACUUCUGCUACAUCCUCAAUGUCAGGGAAAAAACUGCCCUACGAUGUGUUUAUCAACCAUCGUGGCCCUGAUGUCAAACAAACCCUUGCGGCUACUCUCUAUAACACCCUCUCUGCCAUGGGAUUUAGGGUUUUUCUUGAUAAAGAAGAGUUUCAAUUGGGGGAUUAUUUGCCCAAAGAAAUUGGAGAAGCAAUGCAUAGUGCUUCGCUUCAUAUAGCUAUAUUUUCACAGAGCUAUGCACAAUCCCCCUGGUGUUUGGUUGAACUUUCAUAUAUGCUUAACACUGGUACCCAAAUUAUUCCUAUUUUCUACUAUCUUCAGCCUGGUGACAUCCGACGUGAAAAAGGAAUGUAUGAUGAUGCGUUCUCCAGACACAAAAAAGAAGGGUAGAUACAGCUCAGAAAAGAUCUAGGAGUGGAAGAAUGCAGUCAACAUAGUUUCCUACAAUGUCGGCGAGAUCCUUAAUAACAAGGAUGACGAGGGGAGACUGGUCAAGAAUAUUGUUAAUCGUGUGUUGAAAGUAAUAAAAAAUGUGCCAUUUGUAGUUGCCGAACAUCCAGUUGGUUUAGAUGAAGCUGUCAUAGACUUUGAAAGAACAACACUUCAGUCUACAAAAAAAACCAUUGCGCUGUGCAAAUAGUGGGAAUUUUGCUAAGCAGAUUUAUAAUAAUAAAUAUAUAAAUAUGGAAAAGUCCAGUUUUUUAUUAGAUAUUAGAGAUGCUGAUUCCAAAAGUGCAUUACAUAAGAAACAGCAAAAACUCUUAGAGGAUCUUGGUCUUCAAGGUGUAUUGGUUGACAAUAUAGAACAAGGGAAGAAUAGGGAAGGGUAUUCUUGCCUCUCGUUUGACAUUGUUCUGGAUGAUGUGGACAAUGUAGAUCAAUUGGAUGCUCUAGUGCCUGAGAAAGAUAGUCUUGGAUGGGGUAGUUGGAUUAACUUGAACUACUUCAAUGUCGGGGCAUCUCGUCCUAUUAUAAAAUGAAAGCAUUAGAUCCACUUCAUGCCAAGCAGCUUUUUGGCUGGCAUGCUUUCUUAAAACCAAGUCCACUCAAUGGAUUUGAGAAACUUGUAGAAGAAUUCAUGAAAGUUUGCCAUGGCUUACCAUUGUCUCUCAGAGCGUUUGGAGGACAGUUAUAUGGCAAAUUCAACAAAGAUUAUUGGGAGAAUCAAUUACAAAAGAUCAUUAGAAUACUACCUGAUGAUAUUAAAAAUAGGCUAAAAGUAAGUUACGAUGCUUUAGACCAUGAAGAGAAAGAAGCAUUUUUGGAUGCAGCUUGUUUCUUCAUUGGAGAGGAAAAAACUUCAGCCAUUGCAGCUUGGGACGGAUCAACUGGGAGUGGACUGUGCAGUUGGGAAAGUCUCUUGAAUAAGUGUUCUGUUGAAGUUGAUGAAUAAGAAUGCAUGAUCACUUAAAAGAUUUGGGAAGAGAAAUAGCAAAUCAUCAAUUGCCCUGCAGACUUUGGUCUCCCCACCAGAUUUCUUGACAAUGAAAUGCAGGGAAUUGCCAUUCGAGCAAUAAAGGCUACAAGAGCUGAAUCAACAAGCGAGGCUGAGCAGAUUCCUCAAUGUUGCCAGGGUGGAGAGAUCAUAGUUAACACGAGCAGAGGAUUUCGUAGCUUGUCAUCCUCUUCACUGGGAUUAAAACUUCUUUGGGUCAGUGGAAAUUAUUAUAAUCUAGUGAUUGGUGAUCUAUCAAGAGAUCUGGUAUGGCUCCGCUGGCUUGACAUUGAGCAGAGAAAUCUUUGGUCAUUGAAUUCAUUGAAAAAUUUGAGAGUUUUAGAACUCCGCGAAAGGCUGGGUGGGGAGCAUUACUUAGAAGAACUAUGGGAGACUAACAGCAAUGUAAGUCUCUUCUUAAAUGAGUUGCUUUAAAGCUUUACUUCAAUAUUUUUAUUGUUGUCCGUGUUUAGUCGAUCUCAUUGAGAAUUUGCUCCUGUGCAAUUAAGAGAGUCGCCGAUUUCUCAGUGCUCAAAAUUCCAAAGAUUUCCAGAGUCAAUUGGAUGCCUUGGGCAUUUGAAAAAGAUAGUUGUGAGAGGUGGGAGCAAGGUGAGGAGUCUGCCGGAUGAAUUUUGUCUUCUUCAAUCUUUGGAGCACCUGGAGUUAACUUCAUGUGGAGAGCUAUCAUCACUACCCACCAGUUUUGGUGAUUUGAGUAAUCUGAUGCACCUUGAUUUGUUGAAUUGCGUGGAAUUGAGGAAUUUGUCAAUCUCUUUCAAGGACCUUGCACUCAUGCAAUACCUCAACUUAGAAGGAUGUUCUAACCUCAUCUUAGAGUUAGUCAUUUUUGAAAACAUGACAGAGCUAGAGUAUUUGAACCUCGAUGGUUGCAGGCAAUUGGAAGAGUUGCCUCGUCACAUAACAAAUCAGGCCUCAUUGACAGAGCUUUAUGUAUCUAAUAUAGAGAACUUAAGGGAGGUACCAUGGAACAUCGGCCAACUGAGCAAGUUACAAAAGAUCAGCAUCGGAAGUGAGUUGUUGACAAGCCUGCCAACAUCUAUUGGAGAUUUGUCUUCCUUGACUUAUCUUGAAAUUGAUAAGUGUCACAAACUGAAAUGCCUACCUGAAUCUUUGGGGUGUCUUAAUCUCUUAGAGAAUUUACAAGUAAGGACAUCAGGAGUUAAAUCCUUACCAAAAUCAGUUAGGCAGCUAAUUAAUCUUCAAACACUGGGAAUAUCCGAAUGCUCAAUCAGCGAAUUGGAUCUUGGAGCGAGGCCAAUUUCUUCUUCUUUGCGCAACCUUAAGGGGAUAAAUCUACGUAAGAUUGAAGUGUGCAAGAUUCCCAUCUUCGAAGAUUGUUGUCCAGGCCUUGAAUCUCUCAGGCUUUGGUACAAUAAGCAUCUAACAGAGAUAGAUGUCCUACCAACCACAGUGAAGAGGAUAGAAUUGCUGGGGUGUGAUAUGGUGAGGAACAUAAGGGGCCUUGAUCGUUUGGUAAACAUUCAAACGCUGUGGAUAAUUGGGUGCCCUGAGUUGGAUGCGCUUCCCAGUUUUGCACAAUCAACUUCUCUCCGAGACUUUGUACUGACAGGCUGCUACGGAGAUAAGAAAAUAGCAGGUUUGGAACAUUGCAGAGCAUUGGAGAGGCUGAGAGUGCAUACGAGGUGGGAGGAGGCGGGUAUACAAAGUUUGGAGCGCAUGGAAAGAUUGAUGCACGUGGAUCUCAGAGCAGCCAGCAAAUCAGGUGUUGAAGGGUGCAUUCGAAGCAUGCAGAAAUGGCCCGAUGAAACAGGAAUAGGCACGCGGGCGGUCCCUGAUGCGGCCUCGCUUCUCAACUCUUUUGACUUUCUAUUAAAGAUUUAUUUAUUUGGUGGAGAAAUGGUAAAAGGAGAAGUGGAGAAAGGAUUGGUUGUGACGGGAGAAGAGGAGAGUUAUGGAGGCUUUCAGGCAUUUACAGGUGUUUUUAUCAAAUUAAUAUUGUUAAUUAUAUUUAUAUAUAAAUAAAUUAAUAAAAAAAUAUAAAUCUCAUAGUUAUAUAUUUUUAA